AUGAGGAGAUGCCCCAGCUACUUAACAACCCCUCAGUGGGUCGCCGUGAUUUCAAAGGAACACACCUUAAAGAAGGGUGUCUUAUUAUUCCCGGAGUGCAUUCACAUCAACAACACGACACCUGUUGCCAAUACACAAUUUAGCACCUGUUUUACAUUCUUAUCAGGUGUUCGAGACGUUGAUAAGAAGUCGGCGAGCCAAUUAUCGAGACGUUUGAUUAUUAGCGGAGCGGCGGCAGGUAAUGCGGCGGGGGGCGAAGGGGGCGUGCAGACGCGUGCCCUGCACCCUUUACCUUUCGCCCUUGUAUCGGUAACAAAGGAGCCGCAGCUGCAAGACCCGGUGCGUCUGCUUUCCGCCCCGUCUUGGUGGCGGGGGGUCGGCUGGACUCCCGACCGUUACGCCGCCGUCUCCGCGAUCCAGCAUGCAAAAUCCGUUAGUGCGAGCUUUUUCGGCCAAGCUCACAUCCAGAUUUGCCUGCCAAUCGCGGCCGGGGGUGGGGCCGCGGCCCCUCCUAGCGCACCCUUCUUGCGCCGCCUAGGCGGGGUGAAGCCCUUAUUGGCGAGCUCGCGAAGCUCCGCGUCCCGAAAAGCGCCAAGUUCAGUCGGCUGUCGCACACCCCGAGGGAUGCCUCGCGUCUACUACCACCAUGAGAUGGAAUUCGCCGCCUUCCGACCCAGCUACAGCCAGCCGACCGUCCUCCAGCGCCUGGGCCUCGAGCCGCACCUCCUCUCCUCCACCGCCGUGCACCUCCAACAAUACCUGCGCUACAGCGAGCCCCUGGAGCUGGCCUACCCGCUCGACCUGAGCCUCAAGAGCCAGCCGAUCACGCCGCCGUGCACGCCGUCGCCGGGGGCCAAGCGCGCGCGCUCGCCCACGCCCGACGCGCCGCCGAAGAAGCGCCCGCCCGCCAGCCCGCCGAAGAAGAGCAAGGCCACGCGCAAGCUCAACUUCGACGAGGACAACAGCUCGCCGGUGUCGGGCACCAUCAUCAGGGAGCUGCGGCCCGACGAGAACCUCGUGGUGCGCAAGGGCGACAUCGACCCGGCGUUCAACGUCGUUGAAAUCACCGAGGAGGCCAAGGCGGAGCUGGCCAAGAUCGAGAACCACAUCGGGGACUACGUGUGUCGGCUGUGCAAGGAGCUGUACGAGGACGCUUUCGGGCUGGCGCAGCACAGGUGCUCGAGGAUAGUCCACGUGGAGUACAGAUGUCCGGAGUGCGAUAAGGUUUUCAACUGUCCGGCCAACCUGGCGUCGCACAGGAGGUGGCACAAGCCCAGGCCGCCGACCAACAAGGAGCCCAAGAGCGAGGAGGGGGAGGACAGUUCGGAGCAGUUUCCUUGCGGGGAGUGCGGGAAGAGGUUUCGGAGGAUUGCAUAUUUGAGGAAGCACCAAGCGAUACACCAGAUGGACUGACAAAGACUUGUUCCCGUCAGGCCGAUACCUAGGAUGGCGCCUAGGUUGUGGAGGCCCCCGCCGCUUCCACCAGUCAACCAGGUUGCCGUCAACUCGGAAAGGUACGUACCCAGUAUUACGUGGCUGAACCAUUUUUAGGUUGUACAUAGUGUAAAUCUUGUAAAUAGUUCAUGGUUCUAGUCUUCGGCGAUGCUCUAGUCGGUUUUGUGUCUAGUCAUAGAUUAAGUUCAGUACAAAUUUGAUUUAAGUGUGUUCUAGUCUAGUUCCUGCAGUGUGCCCAGGUUUCAAUUUCCUAUUAAGUUCUAGUCCUUAAUUCUAGUCACUCACACUAAAUAUAUAUUUUAUUUUACUUUUACGUACUUAUCUAGUCAGUCACUUGAGUUCGAUACCCAGUGUGUGUGUCAUUUAAACACCUGGGCAAGAAUUUAUACCAGCGCUAGUCAGAUAGGCAACCAAUUAUACGCGUCGUUUUAUUUACAACGCCCUAGUCUUCUAUUCUAGUCGAAAUUAAACCUAGUCAUAAUUUUAAAAAUUCCAAAUGUCUUUCAUUGCUUUUGUGUAAAAUUUCUUGUGAUAAUAAUUUAUAGCUUUAAGCGAACUUUACCAAAAUCAAAAUAAAUAUAAGUUAAGUAAAUUAGGUGCCAAAUUGAAUAAGCUCGCACCCUUUGUAUUAAAAAAAAGGAAUUUAGGUUAAGACAGUGCGGGCAAGGGAAGAAGUUUGCAAUAAGCUUAAAGCGGCAACUUACCACACUUAAAACCGUUCUGUUUAAAGGUGUAAAACACGUGCAUUAUUAAUUUAGUACAGAUGAACCGUCUCUAGUCCUUAAGUUAUUAGUCAUCACCCUGUAUCGUCUAGUCUUAAAUCUAGUCUAGUUUAAGUUAGUUUUAUCUAAGAAUAAGAUGUAAAUUUCUAUUCUGCGAGUGAUUCUAGUCAAAGCGUAGUGAGCCACAGGCACAGUUUUUUAUUUUUGUAAAAUUGAUUACAAUCAGUUUAUUGAUCUCGACCUGUGGACGGUAGUUCUAAGUUGUACAUUCGUGUAAAUUCUAUGUAAUUUAAUGUAUAUAAAAGCACCCAUGUAUUUACCCGUGUGUUUAUUUUAUGUAAUAAAAGAGUUUUCGGAAAUGGAA